AUGAAGGAGGAAGGGCUCUGGACUAUGUUCUGCAGAGCUUCAUUAUAUUCAAAUGGCUAUGAAAAGGAAUACGGGUCUUGGCGUGUUCACAUAUUCGAUCCAGAUUCGUGUCUCAACCACAUCUUCAUACUUUGCAUAGACCUCCUGCUACUGCUGAUCACCUUUUGCAUCUUCAUCUACAAUAAAUCAGCAGCAAGCUGCAAGUUCACAGUGGAGCCACUACCACAAAGCUUCUCCAAACUGAUGAUUUCGUCGGCCAUUUUCAACAGCUUUCUGAGCAUGCUUUAUUUUGGGGUCGGCAUAUGGGGAGUCUCCAACGAUGUUCUACCGUUACAAGGAUGGAUUGUGGUGCUUCUCCAAGGAUCGGCUCUGUUGGUGCUGAAUCUGUCUGUAAGCCUGAAUCAUAAUAGAAAACAAACCCAUUGGGAAAUUGCAGUGGUGAAGCUGUGUUCAGCUUUGGAUUUCUGUCUCUCUGCCUUCCUAUGUUUUAUCUAUCUUUGGCAAGCCAUAAUCGCGGAGAAGAAACUAGUGUCAGUUAAAAUGGUUAUCGACAUCUUGUCUCUUCCAGGGGCAAUUCUACUGCUGUUAUGUGCCUUUCGAGGAAGAAAGAUCAAUGCAGGAAAUUAUCCAAACGCCAACUCUGAACCCUACUACUAUGCACCUUUGCUUGGUGAAGAAGCUAUGGCCUCAGAUGAUGACGGUGAUGACAAGGUAAACCCUUUUGCCAAAGCUGGAUUCUUCAGCAAGCUAUCAUUCUGGUGGUUGAAUCCAUUGAUGAAGAAGGGGAAAGAGAAAGUUCUUGAAGAUGAGGACAUCCCACAUAUGAGGGAGGAAGAUCAGGCCAGAACAUGCUACUUAAUGUACUUGGAGAGAUUAAAUAAGUGGAAAUCUGCCAAAAAAGGAUCACCUGAUGAGCCAGCACCUGCAUUAUGGUCAACACUACUCUCUUGCUACAAGAAGGAGAUUCUGCUAUCUGGGUUUUUCGCAUUGCUCAAGCUACUCACUCUAUGCGCCGGCCCUUUUCUCCUCAAAGCUUUCAUUGAUGUUGCUGAACAUAAAGUAGCUUUUGAAUAUGAGGGCUAUGUGCUCACAUUAACACUUCUCUCAGCAAAAUGCAUUGAAUCAUUCUCAGAGAGGCAAUAUCAUUUCCAAACAAGGUUAGUUGGUGUCCGAGUGAGGUCUCUAUUAUCUGCAGCCAUCUACCAGAAGCAACUAGUCCUUUCAAAUGCUGCUAAGCUCACUCAUUCCCCUGGGGAAAUUAUGAGCUACGUCACCAUAGAUGCAUAUAAAAUAGGAGAGUUUGCUUACUGGUUUCAUCAGAUAUGGACCACCGGCCUCCAGCUAUGCCUUGCAUUGCUCAUUAUCUACUUUUCCAUUGGGAUGGCAACCAUAGCAGCUCUGAUCACCAUUAUAGUAACAGUGAUCGGGAGUUCUCCUUUGACUACAUCACAGCUUACUAAUCAAACAAGACUCACACAGCAGCAAGACCGGAGGCUGAAAGCAAUAACUGAGGCACUUGUUAACAUGAAGGUGUUGAAGUUGUAUGCUUGGGAGAAUCAUUUUAUGGAAAUGGUAGAGAAAUUUAGAAAAGAAGAGCUUGUGUCAAUUUCUAAGCUUCUGUUCCGAAGAGGGUGUCUCAUGAUGCUGUUCGGGUCAUCUCCGGUCAUAGUGUCAGUGAUCACAUUCUGGGCAUGCUACUUGCUCAGUAUUCCCCUCAAUGCUAGCAAUGUUUUCACAUUUUUGGCAACAUUAAGAAUCGUUCAGGAACCAGUAAGAAUGUUGCCUGAGGUAGCUACUAUAUUCAUAGAAGCUAAAGUUUCGUUGGAGCGAAUAGGAAAGUUUCUCCAGGCGCCUGAGUUGCAGCACAAUAGAAUUAGGCAGAAGAGCAACAGCGGCUUUCAGAAAGCUGUUGAGGUUCCUAUCUUCAUCCAAUCUACUGCAAUUUCAUGGAGCAGAGUGGCUACUUCAUCUAAGGCUACAUUGAGGAACAUAAACUUGACAGUGAAACCGAGAGAAAAGGUGGCCAUUUGUGGAGAGGUUGGCUCAGGGAAAUCGACACUAUUGGCUGCAGUUCUUGGAGAAGUUCCGUUAAUUAAUGGCACAAUCAGUGUUUAUGGAAGAAUAGCAUAUGUUUCUCAAACGGCAUGGAUUCAAACGGCAACAAUAAGAGAUAACAUAUUGUUUGGGUCUUCUAUGGACCCAGUUAGAUAUUGGGAGGUAGUUGAGAGGUGUUCCCUGGUAAAAGACCUGGAAUUGCUACCAAAUGGGGACUCUACUGAAAUUGGGGAAAGAGGAGUCAACCUUAGUGGAGGCCAGAAGCAAAGGAUCCAACUUGCUAGAGCUUUAUAUCAGAAUGCAGAUGUUUACUUGUUGGAUGAUCCCUUCAGUGCUGUUGAUGCACAUACUGCAACCAGGCUAUUCAAUGAAUAUGUGAUGGGAGCUUUAUCGGAGAAGACGGUUUUACUUGUGACCCAUCAAGUUGACUUCCUUCCAACAUUCAACUUGAUUCUGCUGAUGUCUUCCGGUGAAAUCUUGAAAACCGGCACUUUUGACCAGAUGCUGGAAUCCUGUCAAGAGUUUAAUGAACUGGUCAAUGCUCACAAGAAUACAACUGAAGGGGGAAAAGUACACAUUGGUCCCAUUGGAGAGUCUACAACUGAUGCUUCCACCACAGAGAUAAAGGAGAUUUAUAGGAGAGAUCACAAUUUAGCUGCAGCGGCAGCCUCAGGAGAUCAUCAGUUGAUAAGGAAAGAAGAAAAGGAAACAGGAGACACAGGGUUCAAGCCUUACAUGGAUUAUUUGAGCAAGAAUAAGGGGUUAUUCUUCUGUUUCUUGACUGUCCUGUUCUAUUUCUUGUUCGUGGUUGGCCAAUUGGCCCAGAACUACCUAUUAGCUACAGGCAUUCAGAACCCGGGAGUGAGUAGAGUAACACUGUUCACUCUAUACGGUGUAAUUGGAUGUGCAUUGCCAUUUUUCAUGUUCUUAAGGAUCUUUUCCUUAGUUAGACUUGGUUGUGGCGCAUCGGAAGCGAUCUUUUCCAAGCUCAUAAUAUCCCUAUUCCGAGCACCGAUGUCCUUCUAUGACUCCACUCCUCUAGGAAGAAUUCUUAGCCGGGUUUCUUCUGAUUUGAGCAUCAUAGACCUUGAGGUCGCAUCUAAGUUAGCAGUAUCACUGGGAUCGACUCUGAAUGCAUACACUAGCUUAGCCCUAUUAGCCAUUCUGGCAUGGCCUGUCUUGUUUAUUAUCACUCCCAUUCUUUAUCUCAUCAUGAUCUUACAGAGAUACUACUUCAAUACGGCGAAAGAGUUGAUGAGGAUCAAUGGGACGACAAAGUCAAGUUUGUUGAACCAUUUUGCUGAAUCCAUUUCUGGAGCCAUGACUAUCAGAGCCUUCGAGGUGGAAGAAAGAUUCUUCUCCAAGAACCUGGUACUCAUUGACAACAAUGCAACCACUUACUUCCACAACUUCUCAGCGAGCCAGUGGUUGAUCCAACGUCUGGAGAUCCCUUGUGCAAUUGUGCUCUCGACUUCAGCACUUGUGAUGACUUGUCUUCCUCUGGGUGCUUCUACUUCAGGGUUUGUCGGAAUGGCCCUUUCAUAUGGUCUAUCACUAAAUGUGUUCCUCAUAAUAUCAGUUCAGUACCAGUGCUUCAUAGCAGAAUCAAUCAUCUCAGUAGAAAGGCUAGAACAAUAUAUGCAUAUCCCUAGUGAAGCUCCACAAGUGAUUGAGAGUGUAAGGCCUCCAGCCAACUGGCCAAGUCAUGGCCAAGUGGAGAUCUGUAACUUAAAGGUGAGGUAUCAGAAGAACAGUCCACUUGUUUUACACGGGAUAAGCUGCAGGAUUGAAGGAGGAGAUAAGAUUGGUGUUGUGGGAAGGACUGGGAGUGGCAAGACAACUCUAAUCAGUACCUUGUUUAGGCUGGUGGAGCCCACAGAAGGAAGGAUCAUAAUAGAUGGGAUUGAUAUCUCCACAAUAGGACUCCAUGACCUGAGAUCACACUUAGGAAUCAUCCCACAAGAUCCAACUCUCUUCUGUGGCACUGUGAGGUACAAUCUGGACCCUUUGUCUCAGCAUAUUGACCUAGAAAUAUGGGAGGUUCUAGAGAAAUGCCAGCUGCGGGAAGCCAUUCAACAGAAGGAAGGAGGCUUGGACACAUCAGUUGCACAAGAUGGAUCAAACUGGAGCAUGGGGCAGAGGCAGCUAUUCUGUCUAGGGAGAGCACUGCUGAAGCGAAGCAAGAUUUUGGUGCUGGACGAAGCAACAGCUUCCAUUGACAAUACAACGGAUGCGAUCCUUCAGAGGAUCAUUAGAACAGAAUUUGCAGAGUGCACUGUCAUCACUGUGGCCCAUAGGAUCCCUACUGUCAUGGAUAGUACCAGGAUUCUUGCCAUCGCAGACGGGAAGUUGGCAGAGUAUGAUGAACCGGGUAAUCUGAUGAAAGAGGAAGGAUCUAUGUUUCGCCAGCUCGUGCACGAGUACUGGUCUCUAUCUACAAACAACUAA